UUCUCGGCCAAUCGCGUGGCGCGUUGCUGGUGUCUCGAGACUCGCGCGGAGGCGUCGGUAGAGGAGGCAGUCGGAGCUCGCGAAGUGGGGAGACGCUGAGGAGGAGGAGGCGGCGGCGGCGGCCCACGGGGGGACGAUGGCCACGCGCGGCGGAGUGAACGCGAGCGACGCGACGCAGCAGCUGCGCGAUCUCCUCAAGCUCGACCGCCAGCCCGAGCAGCGCGAUCCGUUGAGCGCGGCUGACCCUGCCGUAGUCUCCUACAAUGGGCAGUUGAAUGGGAUGGCAGCGACAGCCAUGAGCGAGGUUCCCGGAGCGGAAUCUGCCUGCUCGAUGUCCGCGGGCGCAGUGGACGCGGCUGCUGUCUUACCAGGCCCCGCUCCGCACCUCGUUGACUCGCAGCAGAUCACCCUGACAGGGGACGACAAGGCGGGUGCAGUGCCGGUGAAUGCGCGUGAGGUCGUGGUGAUUUCCAGCGAUGCCUCCAGCCUCUCCAGUCCGUCCUCUGGCAGCAACCAGGUCAAGAUUCAACCAGUGACACGCUAUGACUGGGAGCAUCGCUAUUACCCUGGGAACAUGAUUGCUGUCUCCUCCACCUACCUCGCUUACAUCAUUCCCAAGCCCCAGGCGAUGGUGCGGGUGCUGCACGCGCCCACGGCCGAGCGAACCCUCCUGAAGGGCUUCACGGGCGCCGUCACGGACCUCGCCUUCGCCCACCUCGGCUCCAGCCGCCUCGCGUGUGUGGACGAGGCCGGGAACCUCUUUGUGUGGCAGUUCUCACAGGACUCCUGCGGAAAGAUAGCAACGAAGCAGCUGUUACAGGCGAUGCGGCCCGUGGGGACGCCGCUGUCGGAGCUGCGCCGUAUCCAGUGGUGUCCCUUCAUCUACGGGAACAGCGAUCGCGAGUCGGAGAGCGACGGCGAGGAGGACGUGGGAAAGAUGCUCGCGCUCUUCCACCCCGACAGGGCGGAAGCAUGGGAUCAGGACGUGAUCGUCCCUACUUCUGGUCCUUUCAAACCGGUAGCCGUCACCGACAUCAAAAAUCGCAUCACCACUGUGAGAGGGCACGAGGGGGCUGUGAAUACGGGCGCCUUGUCUCCUGACGGAGCUAUCUUGGCCACCGCCGGCCAAGAUGGGCUGGUCAAGUUCUGGCAGAUGUACGCAGAGUCUCAGGACACACCCAGCUGUCUCCACAAGUGGGAGCCACACAAUGGCAUGCCCGUCUCUUGCCUGCUGUUUUGUGACAACUACAAGAGGAAAGAGGGAGGUGAACAGUACUGGCGGUUUGUCUUGACGGGCACCAAUCAGAACCAGGAGCUGAAGGUCUGGUGUACCGUGACGUGGACGUGCCUGCAGACGCUACGAUUCUCACCAGACUCGGCAAUAAAACUGAGCCUUGAUAUCACCGCCCAGUACCUGGUUCUUUCAGACGUGCAGCGCAAGGUGCUGUAUGUACUCGAGCUAAUCCAGAACAAGGAUGGACAUGCAUACUUCAGUUCGCUGGCUGAGUACCUGCUCACGCACCCCAUGCUGAGCUUCGGCAUCCGGGAAGUGACGCCGCAUCGUGCCGGCCGGCAGAGCGAGCACCAGGAGGAUGGGGAGGUGGACGCCGCUGACGGUGUGGAAGAUGAGGCAGAGGUCACUGGCGGCGUGCUCAUUAAGAUCAACUGUGUGCACACAAGAGCCCUGGAGAAUGUGCAGAUUCUCUUCUGCCCUCCCUCCACGUCUGGAGCCGCUCCUCCGGCGCUCUCAGUCUCCAGCUCUGCUUCGCAUGAAGACAUGGUUCUGCGGGACCGGCUCUCGGACAUCAGCUCUGACCUUCCCAUCGAAGAGAACAGCUCCCAGUCAUCCGACUUCCAGCGCACAUUUGAUGACAACCGCAGGGACGACAUCCUGGGAAGGGUGGACCUGGGUGGGGGCGCCGCCCUGCUGAGUCCCGGACUCGGAGGCGGCGCGGGAGAGCUCGCCCGCCCCGAGGACUUCAUGUCUCCGCUCACGCCGGCGGGGGCCCUGCCCGACGACGCCAAGUUGCAGCUCAAGACCCCCGACGACUUCAUGAGCAGCUUGGUCCCCAAGCAGCUGGGGCUUGGCUCUCCAACGGGCAGUGGCAGUUCUCUGACUGCAGUGACGAUGAUUGGAAGCAAUGUCCUUUCUCAGAGCCCCCUCAUGUCACCGGUGAGCAGCAUGACGCUCACCCCUGGCAGCAGCCUGCACAGCUCUCUCAGCAUGCCUCCGGGGGGCCCACACAGCGGGGCCUCUCCCCUCGCCAUGGCCGACUUGACCAACGCGUCUCCUCCGCGAGAGCUCCGCUCGCCCGACGUCAUCUCCUCGGCCUCGUCCAAUUCCACCCUGCCCCAGGUCAUCCCCGAGGUGGCGUCCGAAGCUGUGCAGAGGGGCCUGCGGGACUCUGCCGAGCAGGGCGCCCGCCUGGGCUCCCCGCCUGAGCAGAGCGGCCUUCUUGGGCAGGCGGGCAGCCGUUCUCGGUCCCCCGACGCCCCUAGUAGGGGGUCGUUUGGCUCGAUGGAUGCACCCCCUUUGGAUGCCGGACCUCGCCUGGUCUCCCCACUCGGUCAAAGCAGCUUGGGGACCGUCGCUGGCCAGCGUCAGAUGCCCGACAACGUGCUCAGGGGCAACUACAGCCUCGGUCGGCAUUCUCCAUCUGAGGCAGGGGCGCACCUCGCUCCCUUGGCCAGGCAGGCCGCCCCGGGCCAGGUGGUCGGGCCGCAGCGGGCAGCUGAGAAGGAGGAUCCUCCGCGGCAGCUGUACGGGCAGCAGCAGCAGCAGCAGCAGGAACAGCAGCAGGACGCCGCUUCCACCAGCCCCGCGUGGCCGGCGGCUCCUGACCUCACGCGCGAGACCCGGAGUGGAGUCAAAGUCAGCUCGGACGAGGACUUGGCAAUGCGCCGGCAGCGAGCGUCGCCAUCGCGCGAGCGCCAGCACCUCACGGCGGAGCAGCAGGAGAGUCAGGACGCGAGCUCGGAGCACAGUGAUCAGGAUGAGGAGGUUGCCUUCCUGUCAUCGCCCGCGGGCGUUGUGGCCGGCGCGGGGGCGGCCGGCAUUGCGGGGCCGCACCGGGGGCCUCCGUCUCAGCCGGGCUUCCGCGACCAGAAAGGCCGCGUGUCCCCUCGCCUGUCUCCAAAGUCGCGACGCAGGGCCACCCGUGAAGAGAGUGAAAGAGCAUCUCAUCCAUCAGCUUCUGACCAGGCGAGGGAGGAUGGGCAGGCGGCCAUGCUGGCGUGCUUCACGACGCUGCAGACCAAGCUGGCGGCCAUCUGGAGCCGGCAGGAGGAGAUGAUUCACGGGAUGGAGGCGCGAGAGGAGGCGCUGAACAAUGCCCUCUUGAGCCACAUGGAGGCCUCGCUGGCCAAGUCUCGAGAGCAGGACCAGACCUGGUUCACCGCAAAGCUGCAGCAGCACGAGGACCGCGAGCGAGCGCUGCAGCAGCAGCUGCAGCACAACCUGACGCAGGCCAUGUCCGGCGUGGUGGCAGCCCGCCUCGAUAAGGGCAUGCGCGACGAAGUCAAGAAGAUCUUCCCCCAGGCGAUCGCAAAAGCGGUGGAGCCGUUGGCAGCACAGCUGACCAGCACGAUGGCAGCCAAGCUGACGGCAGCAGAGGUCUCCACGAGAGACGGCAUCGCCAAGAUGGUCAAGGCCAAGGCAAUUUCGGAUGCGAUCGGCAAGGCAGCAGCGGAGUGCCUCCAGGGCCCUAUGCAGGUCGCCUUCAGGGAGGCCUUCCAGGGCUCGGCCGCCCCGGUGUUCGACCGCGCCUGCCAGGCCUUAAUGCAGCAGAUCAACGAAGUGUUCCACCGCGGCACCCAUGAAUACGUGCAGCAGCUGGAGAGCCACCUGGCGGCGCGGAGGCAGGCGGACCAAGGUGCGUUGGAGGGCAUGGGCACUCAGCUGCAGCAGACCCUGAUGGCCAUGCAGGCCUCCAUACAGCAGCUGGCACCAGCGCUGUCUGCCAGCGUGCACACGGAUAUACAGGCGCAGAUGCGUGACGUAUCAUGCAGCCUGCAGGAGGGCCUAACGGGGACGGUGCGCCGGGUGGUGCGUGAAGAAAUGGCGUUGGCUCUGAAGGAGCAGCACGCGACCGUGACCAACAGCAUCAUGCAGGCUGUGCGCUCCGCGGCGAGCACGCCCGUGCCGUCCGCGCACCACCCCCCCAUCGACUUCCGUGUGCAGCAAGAGCACAUCAUGCAGCUGCUGCAGCAGGGACAGAUUAACCAGGCGUUCCAGCAGGCUCUGACGGCCGCAGAUCUGGAGCUGGUGCUGUUUGUGUGCGAGACGGUGGACCCGGCGCAGGUGUUCAUACCUGGGUCGUGCCCCCUCACGCAGCCUGUGCUUCUGUCGCUGGUGCAACAGCUGUCGAUGGACCUCGCCGUACACACCAAGACCACACUCCGGUUCCUGGAGGAGGCGGUGAUGUCUCUGGACCCCCAGCACUCGAUCACGCGCGAGCACUCGGCCACAGUGCUGGUCCCCGUGCAGCAGAAGAUGCAUGCCUUCCUCGCCGCCGAUCAGCGCGGACAGUUCUCCAAGCAGGCGCGCAUCCUGCUCAUGGCCGUCGGCUCCCUUCUCAACCGCCACUCCUGACCCCCACCCCACUUACCGCCACCCUCCCCGCCCCACUACCCUCACCACCGCCUUCCCCGCCUCGCCACGCCCCGCACACAAACCCAGCUCGCUCACUCCUUUCUUCCCCCUGCAGUCCCACCCGACUGCGGUUAACGAAACGUCGUAGUUCUGCUCACGAGCAAGGUCGGGUUUGGUCAAGUUUGUUUUGUUGAACCCGGGUGAGACCGCGAGAGACCAGGGUAAGAGGUCUCUCUCGCAAGAGUGUCCCGAGCAGUGUCCUGCCGUCCAUUACCCAGGGGGUGGCUGCGUCAAGGGGAAUGUUUUGUGUGGCUCCGUCUCCAAUUUCACGGCUCACCGCCCUGACGUGACGUAAAGAUUAUUUAGGAUUGAGAGAGCACGGCAUCACGCGACAACCAAAGGGCUUCCUCAAACUCCGUGGUGGCGAGAUGUUUACUCCCUCGUCUGUUAUGUAGGAGGUACGUGGGUUCGAUCCCGACUUUUGACGCCUGCUGCUGUAUAUUUGGAGUUUGAAUGGCUGUCUCGCCGU